AUGGAUGCCAUGGAAGUUGCCACCAUGGCAGCACCUUUGGUGUCCUCGACAUCCUCCGUGCACCCUGGUCGCUGGCGCAGUCGAGGAACCACCUUAGCUAGAAGCGGCCCGGCCACGUCCUUUGGGCAGAGGUCUGCAGAGUCAGCCUCCUCAACUUGGCACACAGGCUGUUUGGCCUCCACGGCCAUCGUCGGCCUGGCAGCCUCCAGGCCAACCAGACGAAGGCUGCAGAGCAGACAGCUGCGACAGACUUGCAGGGCUGCAGACUCGCCUGUCGUGCUAGAGGUCAAAGAAGUCGAAGCCAAAAGCACAGAUGAGGACGAGAAGCAGAUCCUGAAGGGGCUCAACCUCACGAUAAGGGCGGGCGAGGUCCAUGCUGUCAUGGGACCAAACGGCUCUGGAAAGAGCACGCUUGCCAAAGUUCUCAUAGGGGACUCGGCCUAUGAGGUCACGAAGGGCAGUGCCAAGUUAGGCGAGACUGACCUGCUGGAGAUGGAACCUCAUGAACGAGCACUGGAAGGCCUUUUCCUCGCUUUCCAGUCACCUCCAGCUGUUGGAGGGGUCAGCAAUUUGGAUUUCCUCAGGGCAGCCUACAACGCGCAGAGGCCCCACUUGCAUACAAGCAGCAUACUCGUAGUCAGCAUUUUUGCGGCCGUUCGGAUGUCUUCCGGCAUACGACGACGAAAGGUUCCUGGAUCUGAAGCAGAUGAGGGCCUCGCAAAAUCGGGCGCGCUCGAGACUUUGAGAAAGUUCGAUGUGUACAACAAGGUCCAUGAAGAUUACAUGCAGAAGCGACAGCUAGGGGGUGCUGUAACCCUCGUGACAUGUGCAAUACUUGCAAUGCUGGUCUACUGCGAAGUCUGCGAAUUCUUUAGUGUUGAGGUGCUCCACAGCAUCACUGUCGACACGAACAUCGACAGGAAGCUUCCCAUAUCCUUGGACAUCACUUUUCCGCAUCUGCGAUGCUCCGAGGUGUCCGUUGACACGGUGGAUUCUGCUGGCGAUACGCAGGUAGAUGCCCACGGUGGCCUCGACAUGCUCAACCUCGAUGCUGCUGGCAAGAUAUCCGCAGGUGAGCAGUGCUUCCUGUUCAAACCAUGUGCGUGGACAGCGGUUUUGGUGCGCAAGUUGAAGCCGAGGUGCUGCAAUAGUUGCCAAGAGCUCAAGGAUGCGUACAACGACAAGGGGCUGCCAUACUUCCACGUGCUGGACACAGCAAUGCAAUGCAAGAGCUCCAUUGGGUGCCGAAUAAAAGGCAAAGUUGUUGUGAACAAGGUCAGUGGAAAUAUCCAUGUGGCCUUGGGGAAGUCUGUGCGGCGAGAUGGCAAGCUGGUGCAUGAAUUCAACAUUGAAGAUAUCGGCGAUGGUUUCAACACAUCGCACCACAUUCAUUCAAUCACGUUUGGAGAAUAUGUUUAUGGACUUCAGUCUCCACUUGAAGGCAUCCGAAAAAUUGCCGGCGCUGGCUCUUGGAUGUAUCACUACUAUGUCAAGCUCGUGCCAACGGUGUACAUCAGCCGUUGGGGUACGACCACAUACACAAACCAGUAUUCCGUCACGGACAGUGCUCGUAACGUUCAAGUUCGAGAAGGGGAGCUGUCCGGCUUGCCGGGGGUCUUCCUGGUCUACGACUUCAGCCCUUUUCUCAUGCAGCAGACGGAGCAGGUGAAGCCCUGGUCUUACGUGUUUACCUCUAUGUGUGCCAUCGUGGGUGGUGCUUUCUCAGUUGCGACUCUCGUAGAAAUGGCUCUGAGUGGCGUUGCGAGGGAGGAGCCAGAGUUGGACGUGAUCGAGUUCUAUGGACUUGUGACUCAAAAGUUACAGGACCUGAAGAUUAAUCCCGACUUCCUCAAUCGAAACGUGAAUGAAGGCUUCAGCGGAGGAGAGCGAAAGAGGAACGAGAUGCUGCAGAUGGCUGUUCUGCAGCCCAAGCUAGCCAUCCUCGAUGAGAUUGAUUCGGGACUCGACAUAGAUGCUCUCAAGGAUGUGGCUGAAGCCAUCCGAAGUGUCCGCGAGCAAGAUCCUAACAGGGCCAUGCUCGUCGUGACGCACUUCGAGAGGUUUCUCCGUUACGUUGAGGCCGACCAUGUGCACGUGAUGUACCAGGGGCGCAUCCUGAAGAGUGGAGGCAAAGAGCUCGCUGACAAGCUUGACGAGGAGGGGUACGACUGGGUGCUGAAAGAAGCCAAGUAG